CGUUGGACAGCUGUCCCGGGAACUUGCAUUUGGACCGAAACUUUAUUUUGCUCUGUUAUCAACUACAACUGAGGAAAAUGGACGCCUCGUUAACUGGUAAACAGGUGCGCCAGCUAUUCAUAGACUACUUUAAGGAGCAGCAGCACCUCUAUGUUCACUCCUCGUCUACCAUUCCUCUGGAUGACCCAACGCUGCUGUUUGCUAAUGCAGGCAUGAACCAGUUUAAGCCCAUAUUUUUGGGCACUGUUGAUCCAAACAGUGAUAUGGCCAAAUACAGACGAGUAGUCAAUUCCCAGAAGUGUAUACGCGCUGGAGGAAAACACAAUGACUUAGAUGAUGUUGGCAAGGAUGUCUACCAUCACACCUUCUUUGAGAUGUUGGGAAACUGGUCAUUUGAUGACUACUUUAAGAAAGAGUGCUGUACCUUCGCUUGGGAGCUGUUGGUGGACAGAAUUAAAAUGCCAAAGGAAAGGCUGUAUGUGACCUACUUUGGUGGCAAUGAGGCGAUGGGACUUGCUCCAGACAACGAGACUCGGGACAUAUGGAUAAACCUGGGAGUUUCUGAAGAUCGAGUACUUCCGUUUGGCAUGGAAGACAACUUUUGGGAGAUGGGUGAGACAGGCCCUUGUGGACCAUGUACAGAAAUCAACUUUGACAGAAUCGGUGGUCGUGAUGCUAAACACCUCGUCAACAUGGAUGACCCUGAUGUCCUUGAGGUGUGGAACCUUGUCUUCACACAAUUUAACAGGGAUCCAGACGGCACACUACGUGAGCUGCCCAACAAGCAUUGUGACUGCGGUAUGGGACUAGAAAGGCUGCUGUCUGUGAUACAGGGCAAGACUUCCAACUAUGACACGGACCUCUUCAUGCCCAUCUUUGAUGCCAUACAAAAGGCUACUGGGACUCGUACUUACACUGGCAAAGUGGGUAAGGAAGAUGUGGAUGGAAUCGACAUGGCCUACAGGGUACUUGCAGACCAUGCACGUACACUCACCAUUGCACUCUCUGAUGGGGGCAGACCUGACAAUGUUGGCAGGGGGUAUGUUCUGAGAAGAAUUUUGAGGAGAGCUGUCAGAUAUGCCACAGAAAAACUUGGUGCUAAACCCGGCAUGUUUGCUACCCUUAUAGACACUGUAGUGGAAUUAUUGGGAGAGGCAUUCCCAGAAGUAACAAAGGAUCCAGAAGAGUUAAAAAAUAUCAUUAAUGAGGAGGAGCAGCAGUUCCUGAAGACCUUGUCUCGUGGGCGUCGCCUUUUAGAGAGAACUAUAGGCAAACUUGGUGAUACAACAACUUUGCCAGGGGCGGUUGCUUGGCGACUGUACGAUACCUAUGGAUUCCCAGUGGAUCUGACUCAGUUGAUGGCAGAGGAGAAAGGGCUACUUGUUGAUAUGCCUGCUUUUAAAGAGUGCAAGAAGACAGCUCAGUUGAAGUCUCAGGGAUCAAGUGGUACAGUUGACGACCAGAUAAAUCUGGACAUACACGCCAUCAGUGAUCUGCAGAAGAGGGGUCUGUCACCGACUGAUGAUUCACCAAAGUACAACUACACUGCAAAUGUUGAAGGAACAUAUAAAUUUGAAUCUACAACUAGUAAAGUGUUAGCUCUCCGACACAGCAAACAAUUCGUAGAUGAAAUAACAUCAGGCAGAGAAUGUGGUGUUCUCCUGGACAAGACAUGCUUCUAUGCUGAACAGGGUGGACAGAUAUAUGACCAAGGCUUCCUGGUCAAAGAGAAUGAAGAGGAUACCGAAUUUCAAGUACGGAAUGUCCAGGUACGAGGAGGUUACAUACUUCAUAUAGGUGUGAUUGAGGGGACACUCAGGGUCGGAGACACCGUCCAACUCUCCAUUGAUGAGAGUCACAGAAUGGCUGUGAUGAAAAAUCAUACUGGUACUCACAUGUUGAACUUUGCCCUCCGAGCAGUGUUGAAGGCUGCUGACCAAAAAGGAUCCUUGGUAGCCCCUGAUAGGCUACGGUUUGAUUUCACAGCCAAGAAAGCUAUGACACCAGACCAGGUAAAAGAAGCUGAGGAAAUCGUUAACGUGAUGGCAGGAAAAAAUGAAGAAGUUUAUGCCAAGGAGACUAGUUUACCUGUGGCAAAGUCAAUACAAGGCCUAAGAGCUGUGUUUGAUGAGACAUACCCAGAUCCUGUACGAGUAUUAUCUAUAGGAGUACCUGUAGAGGACCUAGUUAGUGACCCCAUGGGACCUGCUGCCUCAGUUACCUCAGUGGAGUUCUGUGGAGGAACUCAUUUACGUAGAGCAGGCCAUGUUGGAAAGUUUGUCAUAGUAACAGAAGAGGCCAUUGCUAAAGGAAGCAGAAGGAUCAUCGCUGUAACAGGAGCUGAAGCCACCAGGGCUCUACACAGGACAGAUCUACUAGACAAGAAUGUGAAGAACCUCACUGAGAAGUUUGACACAUGUCUGAAGACCAAGGAGCUGUCUGAGAAGGAGCUCAUUAAGAUGAUUGUACAGAUGGAUGAUGAAAUCACCAAAUCUGUGAUACCAUACUGGCAGCGGGAUCGCCUUAGAACUGAGGUCAAACAACUGAAGGGCAAACUGGACGACCUUGACAAAGCAAGGAAGGCAGCCAUUACUGCUGAGGUUGUGGAACAAACCAAAAAGAUGAUAGAGGCCAACCCAAACCAGCCAUUUAUUGUACAUGAGUUUAAGGCUGGUUCAAAUGCCAAGUCACUAGAUGCUGCCAUGAAACAGUACAAGACGUCAAGCCCUGAAACAUCUGCCAUGUUUUUCUCAGUCGAUAAAGAAGCUGGCAAGAUUUUGUGUAUGAGCUGUGUUCCUAAGGUGUCCGUGUCAAAGGGACUUAAUGCCAAGGACUGGGUGAAUGAGGUUGUACCGGUUAUACAGGGGAAAUGUGGGGGUAAGGAUCUGGCUGCACAGGCAACAGGCUCAAACACAGACGGCCUUCAGGAGGCACUGGAUAUUGCAACCAAGUUCGCCCAGAUGAAGCUUACAUAAACUGAAUCAGCACUUUUAUUUAUUGACCUUUUGACCUUGAUAAAAGACCAAUUUAUAUAACAUUGUACAGGAUGUUCAGUACAUGUGAUAAGUGCUUUGAUAUUUUGACCAAUAUGUACACUACUGGAGGUUAUCAAUACAAUGUCAUAAACCUAGUGCUAAAAACCUGAUGCAGAUAACUUGUGCAAAGAAUGACUCAUUCAGACAUGUCUAGUUAUAAGGUGGUUUUUGCACUGCAUAUAGCUAAUUGCACAAUCUUAGAAGUCACUUUAGUCACUCAGGCAUAAAAUGCCAUUUGAUUUUAUUCUGUUUUUGAUAUUGCUCAAGGUAGCUUUGUAUAUGUACCAACUUGAUAAUAAUAUAGUCUGCUGUUAUUAUGUAGUUUAGCACUAGAAUCUCAUCACUUGUGGUUAUCAUAAUGAUACUGGAUAAGACAUUUACCAAUGAUGUGAUCAUUUCAACAUGGUGCUGUCAUAGGUCACUACCUUUUUUUCAUACAAAUAUGGACACUAUCUGUGACCAAAUGUUGUCAAUUAAACCGGUAUACAUUAUACACAAUGUACUAAUUACAGGAUGAAAGGCUUGUCUUUCCUUUCAUACAUUCCCCCCCAGAUUUUGGUUGCAGUAAUAAGGAGAUAGGACAAAGUUUUGUAGCUCUACUUGAAGACCCAGCUUAGAUUGAAGUUAAAAUUGAGUCCUAACAGUUAAAAUUUGAUAUAAAAUAUAAUCUGUUACCUCGAAUACUCUGGACUUUCAUGACCCCAACUGUCUUCAAGAUAACCUCAAUGCUUAUAAUUAAUUUCAGUUAAUUGUCUUUUUCUAAUUCAAAACAUGUUUUAUGUACAAUUUUACGGGUUUUAUUUGGGAUUCAUUUUCUCAAAUCAGUACGCAACGUCAAUUGUGAAUUUUUCGACCAAUCACAUUUGAGUAUUUACCAUGAAAACAAAGAAAAAUUAAUUAUUUCUCUUUGCAUAGAGUAAUGUCGAAAAUAAGAUUUGAAAAUAUUCAGAUAUACUGGAUAUAAACCCGAUAUUUGAUGCACAGUAAGACCACUACAAUUAUAACUCCAUUUUACAGGAGUGAUAUAUAAUUGUUGCCUACUCAAACCUAUGUAAUAGAUAUGGCAGGUAUUGGGUUUAGAGAAAUAACACUUGGGUUGUUUUGUAGUAGCUAACGUCUUAUAAUGUCUUUCCUCUAGAAAUGUUGCUGUUGGAAAUUAUCUUGUUAGAAAUGAAAAUGGAAUAAAGUAUUAAAUUCUUCCUAGUCGAUAAGAGAAGGCAAAAUUAACUUAUAAAUGUAUGGAUAAAACUCCUGGUGCAUAAAAAAAUUGAACUAAGUCUUAAUUUUGUGUUUUAUUUCAAUAACAUGAUAAUUUGUAAGAUUAAUAGGAUUUGAUAUGUAAUCCGAUACCCCUGUCCUUCACUAUAGAGGUUACGUUUGAUUUUUCUAUUCGUUCUGUUUUAAUUAAAAGCUGGGAUGGUACUAAUGUGAUAUUGGUCCUCAUGUUGGAUUGGAUGUUAAGGUAGAACUUUGGAGAACUCCAUAAGUUAGACCUUGUAUAACAGAAGGUAUAUACCAACAUAUUAAUGUUAAAGAAAAAGUACCAUGUGUGUGUGUGCUGGGUUUGUAUCAUGCCAACCCUAACUUAAAUUCAUCACCAGAAGUUAAUUUUAUUGACAGAGAAGGAAAUAGGGAAAUGCAAAGCUUCAAGAUACACUAAUUGAAGCCACACCAUUGCCAUAUAUUGGCCAGAAACUUUGUCUCUUAGUCCAAAAUCUUGGUGCAAUUCAGAAUUAUGUUCAAUUUAAAUGGCCAACUCAUUAAAUCUAAUUAUCAAUGAA